AUGAGCGCCACCACCGACCUACAAGCACUGCUCCGUUUCCUCUCCCAAGAUGCCAAAGUCCCACUCGCCACCGCCUUGAGCAAAGUCAAGAAGCUACAAAUUUCCAACCUCGAUUCCACUGCCAAGCUCGCCCAAACCAAACCCGCAGAGUUGCAAGCCGUAUUCGAAGAUGAGAAACUCGUCAAGCAAAUUCUCGCAGCUGCGAAACGAGUUUCGAAAAAGCGAGCUGCAGCAGCGGGCGAUGAUAGCGUUCUUCUUCAUCCAUCUCCGAAGAAGAAGAAAUUGAAGAAUGAGAGUCUAUUUGAUGAUGAUGAUAAACCUCUCACACCAGCAAAUCUCGAAGCAUCUUUGCAACUACCAUAUAGCACAUGCAACGCAUCAGAGUUAGAGAAAAUUAUUCUCCAAACAAAUCGAGCGCCGCUUGUGCUUGCAUUUGUGGUGAUUUUGCUCAAAUAUACGAUGCCAGAACAGCCUUUGUCGAGUAGAUUGAGUUUGGCUCAGGCAUAUGUGAGUGUGACGAGUAGAUCUCGAGCAGUGUAUUUGGGGAUUGAGAGUGGGAAGAGUGCGGAGGAAGAAGGGUUUGGUGAAGGGCAGCCUGUGGUGAGUGUGGCGGGGAAGCAGAUUACAGUGUUGAGGAGGUGGGGAUAUGAGUGGAAAGAGGAGGAGGAGGAGGUGGUGGUGGUGGAGGAGAUGGAAGAUGAGCAGAGGAGGAAGAAGAUGGUAUUUGAGAAGGGGAUUGGGGUUGGAGACGGUGGUGCGGUAGCAGAGGACGAUAGUUCAGGACUUGAAGCCUCCCAGGAAGAAAUUCCAGCAUUGUGGGCUCUUGAUUUGGAAGCUUUGAAGAAGAAGUCUGGUAGCAGCAGUAAACAACCUACUGGUACGCAAGCUGGAAAUCACAGCGGUUUGCCGAUCUAUACCCCUCAGUCUGCACGCGCGUAUUUGCUCAAGUCCUUUGCUACUCCAGAAGUGGCAGAUGGGCCUGCUGCGAAGAAGCUCUCGGCUACCGCGAGAUUUACUGAGAAGGAGACCAACCUGGGGAAGCUGUUACGAGCCCUGGACCUGCUUUACGACUCUUGGACGCCAACUAUGAGCCCUGCCGAGCUGGAUCAGAAGACUUGGUCAUGGUAUGCAAAGGUUCGGCCCCCUGUGGAGGACGGUGUAGCUGGCUGGGGAGAGAAGAACCAGCUUAAGCUCGCCGAUAUCCUGGCAUUGCGUUGUAUGACGGCUACAUGA